AAACUAAACCUUCAUUCCCUUGGAAACACACGACUUCAUCUUGCAGCCGCACCCUACACCCUCACAUCCAUUCCAAGCCUUCCCGCCUCCGGCCUCCUGCCGUCGACGCCACUGCUCCGUCACCCUCUCAAGGAGUCGCCAUUGUUCCUCACGCUGCUGGUCCUUCCAUCGACGCUGCUCCAAACGGGGCCGCCUCUCCUUCACGCUGGUUUAAAUUUGCUUUGAAGUUUGCAGGCUCUGAUUUGUUGGAAUCAAAACAUUCUGCAGCAAUUCAAUUUAUUCAGCAAAAUCCCCAGCUGUUCAACUGCUUUGUCGUUGCUAAGAAUAGUGAAGCAGCAGGAGAACUGGAAAAACGUUCAGCGUUAGCAUAUUAGAACCUGAAGAAGUUGAUGGCAAGCAAGGCUGUGAAAACUGUGGCAAAGGCAGUUUCUGAGUAUCAGUAUCCAUGGAGGGAGAAGUUGGCAAAACAUAAAGAUGAACUAUCCAAGGGUGUAUGGGGUUAUUGGAAUCUAGGGGCUUGGACACCACUCCACAUUAGUGCUCGUAGACGAGCCAGACUUCGCAAGGAAGUCCUCCUUGCCGGGGAAGAUUGGCCAUAUGAUCCAGAGAGGAAAGAAAUGAGGAUCAAGAUGAAAGGGCAUAAAUGCGACAGGAUAUCUGCUGAGAAACGAGAAAACACUGCCAAAUUGAUGGAGCGAAUGCCAGCCAUGCUACUGGCUUACAAGAAAAGGAGAUGGGAGAAGAAAAUGAAGGAAGAAGAUAAAAAAUUUAAAUUGAAGGAAGAUGAUAAGAAAUCCAAGUGAAUGUUUCGCCUUUUUUGCUUCUUUUCCCCCUCGUUACUGGAGGAACAUAGUUUAAUUUGUUUAUAUGCUGUGAUUGCAACUUACCUAGUUCUUUGGUUCGAGGAAAACUAUCAGAUGUGGUUUAGCCAUGAUAAAUUGAUGAGAAGUUCAUCUAGUUCUUUGGAAGUAACACUUGGGGUUUAUUCCAUUGUUUCACUCUGCUGGCUUGAGACCUUUUUUUAAGGAUGUAAAAUAUUUUUCAUCGGAAUGUUAAAAAGCAAUGGGUACUAUUAAGUUUUAUGCA